AUGGACGGUCGGACGGGCAGCCAGAGGGCAGAGUGCGGUGACACCGCGGCAGCCACCACGGAGAGGACACAGGAUCCACCCCUGGGCCCACCGUGCCCCUUUGAGGGGGUGGCCUGGACCCCGAGACCCCCUCAGGGCCCCCCGCAGGGCUGCUUCACCUGCAUCGCCAAGCCCCCAGCUCUCCGGCAAGCUUCGCCAGUUCUGUCUCCUUCUUCUGCCGUUUAUCUCAUGGAGAGCAAAAGCUGCAAAGGGGACAGCCUGCGGCCGGCGGUCCCGUGCAAGCACUCAGUGGAGAAGAAGACGAUGACCAAUCCCACCACAGUCAUCGAAAUCUACCCCGACACCACUGAGGUGAACGACUACUAUCUCUGGUCCAUCUUCAACUUCGUAUACCUCAACUUCUGCUGCCUCGGCUUCAUUGCCUUGGCCUAUUCAUUGAAAGUCCGGGAUAAGAAACUCCUCAAUGACUUAAAUGGAGCAGUCGAAGAUGCCAAGACAGCCCGGCUUUUUAACAUCACCAGCUCAGCCCUUGCAACCUUCUGUAUCAUCCUCAUCUUCAUCUUCCUGCGAUACCCCCUCACUGACUACUAGAGUGAGGCCAACAGCAGCAGCUGCCGCCAAAAUGCCUCUAUGCCAGAAGUGUCUGCAGUUGUUUCUUGUAGCAAGGACGCAAAAAACCCCCACACCACUCCACCUUGAUUGCAAAAAAAAAAAAAAAAGCCAAUUAAAUACCUAAAUAAAAAUUAUAUGAGUUGAUCAGCCCAGCUGAACAUACCCUUCCUGCCCCCAAACAGUUUGCGAACUGCUGUAGGAAAGGGUCUUAUUCUUACACGUGUACAGAGAGAAAAAUAGACCGAUAAAUAUUUAUUUUAUGGCCAAGAAGCUGUGUGACAAGAGGGUACAAAGCUGAGAGUGACACACACCUGGCAGCAGAAAGCCAAGCUCUGGGGAGCAGCGGGGUCCUGCCGAGCAGGAGGUGUGUGCAGUGAUGGAUGGUGACCAUGGCAGGGCUGGCUCACAACAUAUCAGACUGCCCCACCACCCCCCAACAUAAUGGGGUUUCUUUUCCUCUUACCAGUGGAGUUUCAUUCUCUGGUUCAAACAACUCCCAAACCCUGGAGAGCUGAGGGUGUUAGGAAGUUUGUGCUAGGGACCCCCAAAUCCUGCAGAGAAAACCCAAAGCAUUAAAGGGCAGGUUUCUCCUCAGGAUCUCCCCGCAACUCUAAGAAGGAAGGCACCUUCUGGAGAACUCACCUAAGCCCCCUAAACCAAGUGCUACUGUAUUUCUGUAAACAGUCA